CGUGUACGUGUGUGCGUGUGCUGUAGAUAGGUACAGCCACGAGACCUCCCCUGUUCCGCGCUGUUCAGAUGAGUAGCUCCCACCCCGUGGUGGAGGUACGUUUGGUUCAUCUGUUCUCUACCCUCCUGCGGUCAACUCCACAACGAGACGAUGAGCGGGUUGUCUGUCUGGGGGGAGGAGUCUGAACAUCCCCAGAAGGAGGAGGAGGAAGUUGAGGAGGUGUUGGAGGAGGAGGAGGAGGUGGAGGAGAAGGAGGAGGAGGAUGGGGAGGCACGCCCGUUGUCCCCCUGGUCAGAGGAGCGCUGCGAGGAGCUGUGGGAGCGUGUGGAGGCCAACCGCCACAAGCUGACCCGCAUCCUGAACCCCGCCAAGCUCACGGCGUACCUCCGGCAGUGCAAGGUGAUGGACGUUGAGGACGAGGACGAGGUGCUCAACUCAACGCAGUACCCCCUCCGCGUCAGCAAGGCUGGGCGUCUGCUGGACAUCCUGCAGCUUCAGGGGCCCCGGGGCCUGCAGGCCUUCAUGGAGUCCCUGGAGUUCUACCACCCGGAGCAGUUCACCCUGCUGACCGGCCAGAAGGCCACCCAGCGCUGCUCCCUCAUCCUGGAUGAGGAGGGUCCGGAGGCCCUGACCCAGUUCCUGCUGCUGGAGGUGAAGAAGCUGCGGGAGCAGCUUCGCAACGCGCGGCUGUGUGAGCGCCGCCUGUCCAAGCGCUGCCGCACGGCGGAGGAGGAGCGCAGCCGCGCCGAGGGCAAGGCCCACGACCACCGCUACGAGCGGCUGCAGCUGGAGAGACUGCGUCAUGAUUUGGAGUUGGGGAGCCGGGAGCUGACCCGGCUGAAGGACCGGCACCUGGAGCAGGCCGUGAAGUACUCCCGGGCCCUGGAGCUGCAGGGCCAAGCCUCGGCCCGUGAGAAGGAGCUCCUCCGACAGGUAGAGGAGCUGAAGCUCAGGCUGGUGGAGGCGGACCAACUGAGCAUCAACGGCCACUCCCGCUCUCUGUCCCUGAAGCGCAGCAGCGUGCUCCACAACAGCAUCAAGAGGAUGCCGCCGCCGCCGCUGCCUCUCAAGCCCCUGCAGCACAGCGACAUCCCGAAAGACGCGCCGACGUCUGGAACCUCGGCCCUGAUGGACAUCCUGCAUCAGGACCGCAAGGAGGCGGUGGAGCAGAGGCAGGAGAUGUGUGACACCAUCACCAGACUGCAGGAAGAGCUGGAGAGCACAGAGGAGCAGGUGGAAGAGCUGGAGGGCCAGUGUGAGCAGCUUCAGCUGAAGGUGAGGACCCUGCAGAUGGACUGGGAAACGGAGCAGAAGAGGAGCAUGUCCUACUUCAACCAGACCACGGAGCUUGAGAAGGAGAGGGACCAGGCCCUGAGGAGCCGGGACAGCCUGCAGCUGGAGUACACGGACUGCCUGCUGGACAAGAACCGUCUUCGGAAGAGGAACGCCGAGCUGCAGGUCUCCCUGGAGCAGCAGGCCUGGCUGCUGGAGAAGGAGAGGGAGCGGGCCCGCCAGCAGGGGGACAAGGCCGGGCCCUGCCUGAACUGUUCCAACCUCUCCCUGUGCAGUGAGGACCAGUGCUUUGGGCCCUGCUGCUCCCCCGGUCUGGACCUGAGCCCCAGCAUCUCAACCUCCAACAUUCUGCUGAGAAAGAUCCCCCACAAAGGCCCAGUGAGAGAGCCAGGAGAAUCACGUUCCAUCUCAGAUGACAAUCUUCUGCCCCUUAUGGAAGAGAACGAGAAGGAAAUCAACCGGUUGUCGACCUUCCCCUUCCCGCCGUGCCUCAACUCCAUGAACCGCCGCUUCAACACGGAGUUCGAGCUGGACUCCUGGGGCAGCGACGACAACGACAACACCUCAGGAGCCCCCAGCGAGCCGUCGCUCUGUGACUCCUUGAGCUCCCUGAACUCCCAAGUCUUCUCCCCCGACCUAGUCGGCCUGCCCCCGACCCCGCAGCCCAAACCCUGCCGUGCUGCCCCAGGGCUGAAGCCAGUGUCCCCGUCGUCCAGUCCGCCUAUCGCGGUCAAGCAGAGGCAGUGCAGCUUUGACGAUGAUGUCACUCUGGUGGGCGGGAACCAAACGGGCGUCUUCGUCAGUCAUGUGACCCCCGGGUCACACGCCGCACGCUGCGGCCUGCAGGAGGGCAGUGAGCUGCUCGAGCUGCAGCAGGUCCUGUCGGGCGGGGGCAGUUUGCUGCUGUCUCAGUGCACAGCGGAGGUGGCCCACUUCUCCCUGCAGUGGUGGACGCAGCCCGCCUCCCUGAAGCACCGCGCCAACCCAGAGGCCUACGCCACCCUGUGCUCCCAGCUGGCCGCGCCCUCCUUCCUGGGCGCUGACUCCUUCUACGUCCGGGUCAACCUGGACAUGGACCCCAGCGGGGACGUCCCCUUCCUGGGGGCGCGCUGUGAUGACAUCAUGCACGUGACGGACACGCGGUACCAGGGGAAGUACCAGUGGCGCUGCUGCCUGCUGGACCGCUGCACCGCCCAGCCGCUGCUGGCCGGGGCCAUGCCCAACUACAACAGGGCCCAGCAGCUGCUGCUGCUGCGACUCAGAACCAUGGCCUCGGAGCAGAAGAAAUUCAAGAAGAAGGUGCUCUCCAGGAAGGCGGUGGCCCGGCGGGUGCGUCUGGUGAAGGCCGUGGCUCCGGGCGCCGGGGGCCCGUCCACCCAGGUCCUCUACACGCUGAGCCACCGCCAGGAGGAGCAGCUGAUCCCCUACAGCCUGGUGCAGCCGGUGCAGGCGGGGGCGCGGCGGCCGGUUCUCUUCUCCCCCUCGCCGCUCUCCAGGGGGCUCAUAGAGCAGCUGCUGCAGCCCGCCAUGUCCCAGCUGCAGUUCAACACCUGCCCUCCAGAACCCAUCCCGGCCACCGAGAGGUGCCGGAAACACGUGUUUAUGCUGAACCCCUCGAUUCCAGACGACUCUCGGGGCAUCAGGCUGCAGUCCAUACAAGACAUCGUCAGCCAGGAUAAGCACUGUCUGCUGGAGCUCAGCCUGGCCAAUGUGCAGGGCCUGCUGAAGCAGGGAGUGUACCCAAUCGUCAUCCACAUCCAGCCCAAGAACAAGAAGUACGGGAGACUGAAGAAGUGGUUUCCCCAGUGCGGAGAGGAGAAGUUGAUUGAGGAUCUGUGUCGGAGGGAGGAACUGCAGCUGGAGACUCUUCCACUGUUCCACCACACGCUGGAACCCAGCCGCUGGAGCAGCACGGACGACCUGCUGUCCGCCAUCCGCAGUGCCAUCGACAGCCAACAGAGGGCGGUAGCCUGGGUGGAAUUUGAGAGACUGCAGUAACCGCAGCCGGCCGCCAUACGCAGUGCCAUCCAGGACCAGCAGAGGGCGGUGGCGUGGGUGGAAGUACCGUCCUUAGCCAGUAGAGGGCACUGGGAUUGCUGGAACUGGACAGACUUCAGUAACUGCAAGGCAGGUUAUUGACCAGUAGGCGACACAUGCACCUCGCCCACAAAAAAGGAAAUGUGGCAUUUCAUAGGAUUUAAACCACUGUAGUCUUUUUUAAUCAAACGACUGCAAAACCUUUGUUUGUAGAUAGAUUAUCGGAUGUGUUAUUGUCCUAUUGCGGUUGCUAUAUAUGUAAAUUCAUUCAUUUAAAUUAAUAGGGCUAUUGGUACACAAUACCAAUACUUGGUACUGUUGUGUUCUGGGGCUGACAGCGGCUGGCACAGUCCACCAGAACAGACGUUCUCACAGAGCCUUUCACUCACUCUGGCAGCGUCUUUAGAGGGCCAUGGGGGUAGAUUACCAGGCUGUAUACCUCAAAGAUUCACUCAGGUGUUAUUCUCAUCCCAUCCAGAACCGGCCAAGGAAAUAACUCUUUGGAUCUGUAUUUUUUUAAUCUGUUGACCAGGUUAAAGUUCAAAUAGUUUCACCUUGUGUUUGUACAAAUGCACAACAUUAAAACUUAGUUUUUUCUA